GGUGCACGAGCACGGAGGGACACGGACAACCCGGGUUGAGAAUAUCUCACUUUACACUUUUCGACUAACUCUCGAGCUAUAAGGAGACCAGCACGGGGGAGAAUUUUGGCACAAGUGAAACCGCUUUCGAACCGAGCACAUCAACCAAGAAGUCUUAUUCAUAAUAAAUAAUAUUCAACUUGUGGUGACCAGCGAGAAUAAAAUCUUUCUAAAAACAAAAAAGAUUUGGGGAAAAGUAAUAAAACUGGUGAAUACUAUUUGGCAAAUGAGUAAGGUGGUGGAUAACACGAGGAGUUGAGAAUACUGUGUGCACCAACCAGCCCUGGAGAAGGAGGAGUAGCAUCUUUCUUUCAGUAACAGUCUGAAGUAAAAAGAAAACUUGGUGGAAUUGUGCAAGUAAAGAAGAAGAAGUUGCAAUAGUUGAGGCAGAAGAAGAUUUUAGAAUUUACCUUCGUCGACUUCUUUCUCUCUCCAAGUUGAACAAUAAUUGAACCUUUUGAAACUUUGCGGGACUGGAACAGAAUCAAAAGUGGCAUUUUCUUUAGACAUAGACAGACACAACUUCAAUCCAAGAAGGAAACCAAUCCACGCGUUGGCUGGAUUAGGACAAAAUCUCGAGGAAAACCUUGAACACGGACGAACACCACGGUAAGAAAUAGGAGUAGCAGGACAAGGAAAGUGUAUCAGUAGCAGUGUUUCUUCUCGUGGUGCAAUUUUGUCCAGAGUUGAAUUGAUUGGAGAUGAAUGUGCCCUUGCUGCAGUUACGCCUCAAUCAAAAAAUCUGAUGACAGCAGGUCACCCUUUCCUCCUCCAGGUCCAAUUCAGCAACAAAUUGACCCAUGUCGUAGACUCAAUCACGACCAACUCCUCUUCUUGUUUCUGAAAUAUAAUCUCGAGAUUAAACGAGGUUCACUGAUAUUGCACGCUGGGCAAAAAAAACGAAUUGAAGAGAGAGAGAGAGAGAGUAUAGUUAUUAGAGGCCGAAUUUUUCUUAAAAAAGACGACAACGGGGCAAAAAUUGAACAAGUGGAAAAAGAAAAUCUUUCCGAGGAGGAUUAUCCCAUACGGGGAAGAAAACACAUAACUUAACAGACCCAAAUUGGAUGCCGUUUGUCGCAUCAUUUGCGCUCUGACUGUGUCUCUGUCGUCAACCAACAUUUCUUAUCGUGCUGCCGUUUUCAUCUACCAACAAUCUCUAGCAACUCUAGUGCACAUUUCCUGUAAUUCUAAUCGCACCAAGGCUAAUAAGUACCUCAAAUCAAGACAUAAAGUGUGUUGACAUUGCCCCAAGUGUUGGUAUAAUAACAAUGAUAUUUCGGUAGUGAUUUGAGGUCUGACUAAAAAAAAAACAAGGACAAACUGCAGAUGUGGCUCUAUCCCAUAAAACCAUCGCUGAUUGAACAACAAUAAUAAUCAUAAUAAUAAUAACAGACGAGAGGGGACACCAGCUGGAGAAAGUACACACUUCUGUUGAACUCGUCGUCUCAUUUCCUUCCAAUUAUAAAGUAAAUCAUGUUUUGGACUUCCUCAAAUUCCGAAUCUCAAUCGUCACCCCCACACACGAGCGAGUCUUCCACGCCCCCGCCAUUCAUCUCGUCCUUGUUUUUCCUUCUCUUCUCCCCCUCGCGAGGAGGAGGGGGUGGUGGUGGGGACGACAGUGAAACGUCCUCCUCUCGGGGGAAGGGAAACGCCAUGACCUCAUCAGCCGGUCACCGACCCAUGAACAGUAAUCACAACAACCACCACCGCAAGGGUCGCAAUCAUCACCAACAUCGUCCCCUGCACCACAGCGGCGGCAACCCCCGAAAGCGCCAUAACUCUCGCCCCAGUGAGGAUAAGGAGUUGAUCACGGUGAGGAGAAGCCCCCGCAGGGGUGCGAUGUCUCAAUCGGCGGCUACAGACUUUUGGUGUGGAAAGAAGAAAGAGAUUGUUGUGGGACUCGUGAUAAUAUCGGUGCUUUCAGUGAGUUUGUAUUGGAAUAGUUUGGAUGGAGAUUUUGUCCACGAUGAUAUUGUGAGCAUUGUCCGAAAUCCGGAUGUGCGACCACAUUCUGCCUCUGGGUGGUGGACCCUUUGGCUCAAUGAUUACUGGGGAAUGUCAAUGUCCAACCAAAUGUCUCACAAGAGCUAUCGACCCCUCACAGUCCUCUCCUUCAGGAUAAACUACUGGAUGGCUGGAGGAUUGUCAGCGAUAGUGUUCCACGCCACAAAUGUCAUGAUUCAUGUCGCGGUCUGCAUCCUCAUCUUCUGCGUCUCCUUCCAAAUCCUCAGAAUGAGUGUUGUCACCUCGUUCACCGCAAGUGCUAUUUUCGCCGUGCACCCUGUCCACACCGAGGCCGUUGCCGGGAUCACUGGGAGAUCCGAUGCAUUGGCAUGCCUCCUCAUGCUCGCUUCCUUCCUUCUGUAUUCAAAGUCCCUAAUCCCCCAUUGUCGUCAGAGGAGGGUGGCUUCUUCGUCACAUGGCGGGGAGUACAGUGUGAUUGUCUCGGAUUCUGAAGAGUCCUCAACCGACUCGCUCUCAUCCACCUCAUCAGCAGCCAACAAUAAGAUUACGGGAGAACGUGGACGUGGCAGCUCUGUGGCGCAGUACGGGUUGAAUCCUGGCAUUAUUGCGUCCGGGCUUUGUGGAUGCACCGCCAUGUUGGCAAAAGAGACUGGGAUCACCGUCAUGGGAAUUAAUAUUUUGUACGACCUUUACAUCCACAUGAGCGCUGUUAAACGGUGGUUGGUCACCAAAGCGGAGGACCAUUCCCAAUCCAUGUUGCGACGGAGGGUGAGCUUCAUGAUGGUCUUGAUCUCUGUCAGCUUGGGUGCCCGACUUGCUCUCAUGAAUGGAUCGUUUCCUCGCUUCAGUCCACAAGACAACCCGGCCGCCUGUGUCAGAUCUGACCUUACUCGAUUUCUCACAUACGCGUUUCUCCCCGUCUUCAACGCCUGGCUGUUGAUUUGCCCAAUUCGACUCAGCUAUGAUUGGCAAAUGGGAUCAAUUCCUUUGGUGGAAACUCUUUGGGACUUGAGAAAUGUGUACAGUGCGGCUUUCUACUUUCUCUUCUUUCGCCUCCUAAGAAUGGCGCUGAGAAAGGGUGGCAGCAGCAGAUUUCGCGUCUUGCUUGGGGAGGAUGGACCAAAAAUACUUGUCUCUCUCCUCUUCAUCUCUCUUCCAUUUCUCCCAGCGUCUAAUUUACUUUUCCCCGUUGGAUUCGUCGCUGCUGAGAGGAUCCUCUACACACCAAGCGUGGGGAUGUGCAUCCUCACGGCCCACGGAAUUGAUCGAGUUCAGCGUUCUCUACCCAAAUUUCGAAAGGUGGUGCUUCUCUGCUUAUGCCUUUUGCUGAUGAGCUUCAGUGUAAAAACCUGGGACCGCAACUUUGUCUGGAAAUCUCGUGCUAGUCUUUUCGAGUCUGGCGUGAGAGAAAAUCCAUGGAAUGCCAAAGUUCAUUACAAUUAUGCUAAUCUGCAAAAGGACCUGGGUGAUAUUGAAACAGCUGUGAAACACUACAAAAUUGCUAUCAGAUUGUGGCCAUCCUACUCGAGUGCUUACAACAACCUGGGAGCUUUAUCGGAGGACAUGGUCGAAGCCGAAGACUCGUUCCUGAGAGCUAUCAAGGCUAACCCACAACACAACGGGGCACAUUUCAACCUGGGAGUUAUUUACAUCAAAAGCGAGAAGUACGAGGAGGCCUUAGAACAUUUGGAAGAGUGCCUGAAAAUAGAUCCGUCUCACGUGGAAGCCUUACAGUAUUUGGGUGCCUGUUACAACGUGCUAAACAAGACACACGAAGCUGAAAACGUCUUCAAUAAAUUGAUUAGUUCUGAUCUUCCGCCAUCAAUAUUGCACACUAAUUUCGGAGUAUUUCUUGAAGAACUGGGUCUCACCUCCAAGGCCCUCACUCACUUUCUUUUGGCUCUGACAAAAACCUCGUGGGACGUACAGGCUUUAGUACACGCUGCGAAACUUGCCUAUCAACUUGGUGCUGAGCAACUCUUCCAAGAGCUUUCCGAGAGAUUACUGAACAUGAAGUUCGACCCCAGCGUGGGCUACAUGCUGGCCACCACCUACAUGGAGAAAGGGCAGCUGCUGGAUGCAAAGUUACUGUUCGAAAAACUCUCCGAGGAAUCCGAUUCUUUCUACAAGGUCCAUUAUACUCAACUCUUAAUGAAAGUACGUCGCUGGUCGGACGCGGAAUGGGCGAUAAAAGGAAUCGAGCGGAAUGACCCUGACUCGGUGUGUUUAUCGGGAUUUCAUGUUUCAGACCCGAACCAUCCCAUCUCGAUCCUGCUCUUGGCCCAAAUUUACGAAAACUUGAACAAGACGAUGGAAGCGUACGACCUGCUGCACUGUGGCAUAGAUAACUUCUGUCCACAAGAGGCCAACUUAUGUGCUCAGUUCUACAGCCAGUUGGGGAAUCUCAUGCACACCACCGGGGCCUUCCUCUCAGCUGCUAAUUAUUACGACAUGGCAAUCAAGUUCAACCCGGAUUCAGUUCAAGCUCACACGAAUAUUGGGGCCAUUUAUCAUCUCAUGAGCAACUACGAGCAGGCCGAGUCCCAUUACCUGGCUGCGCUGACAAUCGAACCCAAGAAUGAAGUCGUGUUGGGCAACAUCAAAAAGUUGAAGAGGGCUCAAACCUCGGUAACUUCCACCAUCUCUGCCACCGUGAUUCCCACCACCCACACUCACCACAACAGCAAUCGUCCCCACCAACAACAUCUGGCCCAACAUCCCCACACCCACUUUGGCCGACCACUCCAUCAUCACCACAGUCCUCAUAAAUUCCACUUUUCCUGGCGGUAGGCUGACGAUAAGAUGAACUCGUGAUGAAGUGCCAUAUAGCCCACAUACGUACGUACGUUCACACAAUCAACUAAGCCAAGCGCCCAAUUAAACUUGCAAUGAGAGGGGAAACGUUUUGGCUUCCGUUAUGUAUGUCCAAAUCAGCAUCGCACUUUCUCCCGAGAAGAUAAGUCACUCACUUACCAAGUCUUCUUCCUCCCCCAAUUCGUCCCAUAGCAGAAGCAGCCACGACUUUGACGACGACGAGGAUGAGAGUGCGGAGCGAGUGAAUGAAGAAUGAGCUCCUCCGCAACGUCUAUCCAAUGGCACAACAUUAAUUUUAUCGGGAAAGAGGCUUCAAUAUCAUUCAUUUAUUCUGCGGCUUGGUCGUGGUGAAUGUAAAUUGAUUAAGUGUAGAGAAAUCUGUGGAGAAAUUCAUAUCGGAGCAUUUGUCUUACGAACUAAUUAAUAACGAAGUGAGAGAAGGAAGGAUGAGAGAGGAGCGUCUACCACAGAGACCAUCGCUCAUUUAUCCAGCCAACCAUCAACGAAUCAUCAUCUUUCUUGUAUUUUUAUCCUGAAAACAAAUGAAAUAUUUAACAGAGUUCUUCUCACCACUAAAACGCAGUGGAGCAGUGAAACGAAUUAAUGCUUCUUUCUACAAGAAGCAUGCAGUUCACAGAGGAUUUAUUAGCAAUGUUCUAAUAUUACAGUAAAAACUAUGCGAAAGUAUUAACACAUUAUAUAAUAUCUAUCUCAUCAUUCAACAAGUUUAUAUAAGUAGCCCUAGGUUUUCGACAUGCUUUUCCUCUCAGAAUUGCAUCAUGACGACCAAAACUUAAAACGAUAGAGUAAUUAAUUAAUCCAAAAUGGAGAAGAAUUUGUUGCGAAAGUAUUACAAAUAUUUCAUACUCUUCCAACUCAUUGUUAAUUUGAUUUCAUCCGCGAGAACCAACUUGCCCAGAAAGUUGUUGAGUUUGACCACUUUUCAUAUUUUGUGACGUAUCUACGUAAGAGUAGUUUGGAGAGGGAAGAUAGAGUUCUGCGUGGCUAUGUAUCUAUCCUCCAUCCGCGGAUAUAGUGUUGAUCAAUUGAUUGACUCUUUGUUCCAAACCACACGUCCAACCAACAUGAUUCACUGGUUUUGUGUAUCUUUGCUGUUAACUGCAGCUAAAUUCGAAGAAAAGUUUGGUUUGUUUCAGUUGGAAAUUUACUGGCACGACGACGAGGAGCAAAAGUAAGUGUGGUGAUCCGCAAAAUUAGGUCAGAACUUUCUAUCCAAUAUAUUUCGGAAUUAUUUCUAUCGCUCGUUCGUUGGGGGAAACUUUCCUUUCCAACUGUACAGUUGCAGGUGGCUUCAUUACAUGGCGUCGAGUUGUUCCAACGCUAACGAGUUUAAUGAACUCAAAGCAAAUCAGUUAUUAGACCAUCACAUUGCGUAGGUUGUGUUUCGUGUAAUUCAUUGUCGUGCACUCGCUUUUUUCUGUGUGGACUUAUGUAUUAGUACGUGCGUAUAAAGUUAAGAAUAGAUUGCAUAAAUAUUUGUGUUAGGUUAGGCAGUUGUUACUUCUGAAUUGAAAAUCUAUCUGUUUUUCCAUACAAAAUAUAAAAUGCAUAUAAAAAACAAUAAGUGUAAGUCAACACAUUGUGAUGAGAGUAUAUUUUAGAAAUAUUCAGCUAGCAUGAAGUAUGUAUGUACUAGUCGUAGCUAAAUAUUUAGUUUUAGCAAGUUUAGGAAAGUUAUCGUUGUCACGAGUAAUUAGUUUUUGCAAGAGUUUGGUUGUGAAACUGUGGAUAUUUUAAACUCGAUCCUCUCUCCGUGUACCUUUUAUUAUUACGUGUCCAGCUUACCUCUGGGAAUGAUAAGUAAUAAUAAAAAAAAACUGUGAAUAAAACCCUGUAUCUAAGAUGUGGAAGAAGGAAAUAUUACUAAUAGACAGCCAAAUUUUCUGUGUCGUAAUUAUUUAGCUGAGGUAUUUAGCCAUAAGAGAAAACUAGAUGAACUAAUUAUUGUGCAAUCUACUAAUAUGUAAAUGUAUAGUUUAUGUAUAAUAUAAUGAUGAUAAGAAUCAUACCUAGACUAGAUAACACCUAGUGAUAGAUCUUCUGCCAAACUAUUGUGUUGGAAAAAGAGAAGAAAACGUGUUAUUUUCUGCUACAUGUCAAAAAAUUCUAAAAAAGUACAAUAUAUGCUUAAAAAUAUCCACGUAUGUACCCGUGUCAGCUUAUCUGUCUGCCACACACAAGAAAGGAACCAAAAAAUCAAACAAAGAUCCAAAUAAGUAUUGAAGAGAAAAUUCUUUUCCUACAAAAAUAACCCAGCUAUAUUUGUAUCUCGGAUAUUAAAAAAAAAUCAAAACGUGAAACUAUAUUUGACCUGGAACAAAACAUUUUUAUCCCUUUUACCGGAUUCACUUUUAUGCUAAUUACGUACUGCAUGUAGUUAAAUGUUUAAUGUUUAAUCAAGAAAUCAUGUUUAGUUAAGAUUCACUGAGUGACAACAUUUGGGUUAACGUGCGUCGUUGUGAAACAUAUUACACAUAUUAUAUUAUUAUCUAAUUAAUUGAUUGUGUAUAUUCUGCGUAGAGAAUAUUAACAACUUACUUGUGUAGACUUGUUAGUUUUACGAGUGGUAAUUUUUGUGAAUAAAACCGAGCUUCAAACAGUU